CGAAAAUGUAUGCCGUUAGCACUGCUGUGAGCCAGCAAUCCGAAUUGGAUCGAGCCAAAGGCAAAGAGCGGCGACGCGACUCAAGUAUCCCUCGAAAUGCAGACGAAAAGAGUACCUUCGAGUUUGGGGGCGCCCCGGGAGUGGCGCUUUUGAUGAUUGGGUUUCCGCUCCUCAUGUACUACAUGUACAUUGGGGCAACGUUCUAUGACGGCCAUCUUCCUCUGCCAGGACCGGAACAGUCACUCUCUGAUUUCACACUGCAUCUCUUUAACCUCGCCCACACGCAUGCCUUUCCCCACCGCAGAGCCUGGGUCAUAUACUGGACGUUUCUCGUGUUGGAAGGACUCGGUUACCUCUAUCUGCCCGGGGUAUACGGCAAGGGCAAGUGCUUGCCCCAUCUGAAUGGCAAACAACUCGAUUAUUACUGUUCAGCCGCUGCCUCGUGGUAUGUUACUAUUGUGGCAGCGUUGGCCCUGCAUCUCACCGGAUUCUUCCCUUUGACAACCCUCGUCACUGAAUUUGGGCCUCUGAUGUCCGUCGCCAUAUGCUCCGGGUUUCUCGUUUCCAUUGCCGCAUACGCCUCUGCCCUAGGAAGGAGAGCACAGCAUCGCAUGACAGGAUCGCAUGUUUACGACUUCUUCAUGGGUGCGGAGCUGAAUCCCCGUCUGUUCCGGUGGAUCGACAUGAAGAUGUUUUUUGAGGUUCGCAUCCCAUGGUACAUAUUAUUUCUGUUGACCUUGGGUACGGCAUUGAAGCAAUGGGACGAGCUUGGCUAUGUUUCAGGCGAGGUUGCCUUCUUGCUCAUGGCACAUUUCUUGUAUGCAAAUGCCUGCGCCAAAGGCGAAGAGCUGAUCAUCACAAGCUGGGAUAUGUACUAUGAAAAAUGGGGCUUCAUGCUCAUCUUUUGGAACCUCGCCGGUGUUCCUAUGAGCUACUGCCAUUGCACCCUGUACUUGGCACAUCACGACCCCUCAACCUACCGAUGGAACCCAAUGGUCUUGGCUGUUUGGGCUAUUCUUUAUCUGUUCUUGUACUGGGUCUGGGAUACUUGUAAUAGUCAGAAGAACAUCUUCCGUGCUCAAGAGAGAGGUGUUUCUGUGACUCGCAAAACAUUCCCGCAGCUUCCGUGGAGAUCAGUCAAGAACCCAGAGUCAAUCCCUACCAAGACCGGAGACUCUAUUCUGUGCAGCGGUUGGUACGGAAUGGCCCGAAAGGUUCAUUACACGUGUGAUUGGUUUUUUGCAUUCUCGUGGGGACUGAUUACCGGGUUCAACUCGCCAUUUCCCUGGUUCUACUCCAUAUUUUUCACCGUGAUGAUUAUCCACCGUGCUCGCCGCGAUAUUGAACGCUGCCGCGAGAGGUACGGUGAAGCAUGGCGCGAGUACGAAAGACGGGUUCCCUAUCUGUUCAUCCCGUAUGUCUUCUGAAAAGUAGACUAAAGACGGAUUAAGGCCCAUACAUCGAGGUGUGCUGCUGUAAUUAGAGGAGUAUGUAUCAUAAUUCUAACUGGAGAUGUUUAGCUCAUGUAAUCUGAACUUAAGAUAUCCAUCACCGAUCGAUUAGCUCCAAUGAAAUCGUUCAGAAACAUGGAGAUGUCAGUCUGAUUCAUCAGGGAAUCAAAAGUGUCUUCCGGCCAAGAGACAUUGGGGAAGGCGAUAUUAGUCGCCCCAUCCGCAGCUGGCAUAACAAGUGAUCCAUCUUGGUGGCGUUCAAUGCCAGACAAUGUUUGCCGUGACUUGACCAAGACUUGGGCAGCCUUGACAAAUGCUUCACAGACUGUAUACAGGUGCAACGAGCCUCGCGAGAGUCCCUUGAUCAGCUCUAAGGAGCUGACAGUAUCCUGAAGGAGGGCCAGGUCAACGGCGCUUGCGGUGGUAAUAGCAUGGGUGAACACAAUGAUGAAAGGUG